AUGGCGGAAGCAACGAAAGCACCUCCCCAGACGAUUUCCAUCCUGGGCGAGCCAAACAUCGUCGUCGACCAUGCCCUGUGGCCCAACUACAUUGUCCAGGACCUGACUCAGAAUCUGGCCUCGUCGACCUACGUCCUCAUCACCGACACGAACCUCUUCGAUACCUAUGUUCCUUCGUUCCAGAAGCGAUUCGAGUCGUCGAAAGCGAACCAGUCCGCCCGGCUGCUCACGUACGCAAUUCCUCCCGGCGAGGCUUCCAAGAGCAGAGAGACCAAGGCGGAGAUUGAGGACUGGCUGCUGUCCCAUCAAUGUACGCGGGACACUGUCAUCAUUGCCGUCGGAGGCGGUGUCAUUGGUGACAUGAUUGGCUAUGUUGCGGCGACUUUCAUGCGUGGUGUUCGCUUUGUUCAGGUGCCGACGACUCUCCUGGCCAUGGUUGACUCAUCCAUUGGCGGGAAGACGGCCAUUGACACGCCCAUGGGCAAGAAUCUCGUCGGUGCGUUCUGGCAGCCACGCCGGAUCUUCAUUGACCUUGCUUUCUUGGAGACUCUCCCCGUGCGCGAGUUCAUCAAUGGCAUGGCUGAGGUUGUCAAGACUGCUGCUAUUUGGGAUGAGAAGGAGUUCACCGUCUUGGAAGAGUCGGCCGCAACCAUCUUGUCGAGCGUUCGCUCCAAGGGCCAGAACCGACUGGAGCCUAUCAAGGAUAUGCUGAAGCGCAUUGUCACUGGCUCUGCUCGAGUCAAGGCAGAGGUUGUCUCUUCUGAUGAGCGUGAGGGUGGACUUCGAAACCUGCUCAACUUUGGCCACUCCAUUGGCCAUGCUAUUGAGGCGCUUCUCACCCCCCAGCUUCUUCAUGGCGAAGCUGUGGCUAUUGGUAUGGUCAAGGAAGCUGAGCUGGCCCGAUUCCUGGGUGUUUUGAGGCCGGAGGCGGUCGCCAGAUUGGAGAAGUGCAUUGCAUCCUAUGGACUGCCUACCUCGGUCAAGGACAAGCGAGUUGUCAACUUGACCGCGGGCAAGAAGUGCCCCGUUGAUGUACUGCUUAAGAAGAUGGCCGUCGACAAGAAGAAUGACGGAAGCCAAAAGAAAAUCGUGUUGCUGUCUGCCAUUGGAAAGACGCACGAGGCGAAAGCAAGCUCGGUUGAUGACAAGUCCAUCAGAAUCGUCCUCUCUGACUCCGUUGAGGUUACUCCUGGCAUUCCUGCCGAUCUUCGCCUCACUAUUACCCCUCCUGGAUCCAAGAGUAUCUCAAACCGAGCUUUGAUUCUCGCAGCUCUCGGCUCAGGUUCUUGCCGAAUUAGAAACCUGCUGCACUCCGACGAUACCGAGUUCAUGCUGUCAGCCAUUUCGACACUGGGAGGCACCUCUUAUUCAUGGGAGGAGGGAGGCCAGCUUUUGGUUGUCGAGGGUAACUCUGGCAAGCUCAAGGCCUCCGACGAGCCUUUGUACAUUGGAAACGCAGGAACCGCAUCGCGUUUCUUGACCACGGUUGCAGCUCUGUGCGCUCCUACUAGCACGGCUACUGCUACAAUCCUCACCGGCAACGCGAGAAUGAAGCUUCGACCAAUUGGCCCCCUUGUCGAUGCCCUCCGCAGCAACGGCGUUGCAAUUGACUACGUGGAAAAGGAAAAGAGUCUUCCCCUCCGAAUCAAUGCCUCAAAUGGCCUUGAGGGAGGCGAAAUCGAGCUUGCGGCUACUGUUUCCUCCCAAUACGUGUCUUCCAUUCUCAUGGCUGCACCUUACGCCAAGAAGGCCGUCACAUUGCGAUUGGUUGGAGGCAAGCCCAUUUCCCAGCCAUACAUUGACAUGACCAUCGCCAUGAUGAAGUCGUUUGGCAUUGAGGUCACUCCUUCUACCACCGAGGCGGACACAUACCACAUUCCUCAAGGUGUCUACAAGAAUCCCGCCGAAUACACCGUUGAGAGCGACGCCAGUUCCGCUACCUACCCGCUUGCGGUGGCUGCCAUCACUGGAACCACUUGCACCAUUCCCAACAUUGGUUCCAAGUCCCUUCAAGGCGACGCCCAGUUCGCUGUCAAGAUUCUCGAGCCUAUGGGAUGUGAGGUCCAUCAAGAUGACUACACUACUACUGUCACGGGUCCCAAGUCUGGAAAUCUCAAGGCUAUUCCCAGCGUUGACAUGACGACCAUGACAGACGCUUUCCUCACGGCCACUGCCUUGGCCGCUGUGGCGACCGGAACAACGGAGAUUGUUGGUAUUGCCAACCAGCGAGUAAAGGAGUGCAACCGUAUUCUGGCGAUGAAGGAUCAGCUUGCCAAGUUCGGAGUGGUCUGCACGGAGCUGGAUGAUGGCAUCCAGAUCACCGGCAAGUCAAGGGAAAGCCUGAUCACGCCGACCGAGAGCAUUCACUGCUACGACGAUCACCGUGUUGCGAUGAGCUUCAGUGUCUUGUCACUUGCCGCUCCCGGUCCUGUUUUGGUGACUGAGCGAGAGUGCGUUGGCAAGACUUGGCCAGGAUGGUGGGACGUCCUUGCUCAGUCCUUCCAGGCCAGCCUCGAGGGCGUGGAUACGGAGAGCAGCCGUGGGAUCAAGCCCAAAAAUGCUACUAGUCUUCAGCGCUCCAUCUUUGUCGUUGGUAUGAGAGGCGCCGGGAAGACAACUGCUGGCAAGUGGGUUGCCAAGACACUUGGCUGGAAAUUCCUUGAUCUGGACCACGAGCUUGAACGCCGAGCUGGCAUCACGAUUCCGGAGAUGGUUGGAGGCCCUCGUGGUUGGGAAGGAUUCCGGGAAGACGAAUUGGCGCUGUUGCAUGACGUUAUCGAGGCGCAUCCCAAUGGAUACGUCUUCUCAUGUGGAGGUGGAAUCGUCGAGACCCCGGCUGCCCGAGAAGUCCUGAAGUCGUACGGCGCCAAUGGUGGCCUUGUUCUGCUUGUCCAGCGAGAUACCGAUCAGGUCGUUGACUACUUGACCCAGGACAAGACACGGCCGGCAUAUACCAACGAGAUCAGGGAGGUGUUUGAACGCAGAAGGCCCUGGUAUAGAGAGUGUAGCAACUUCCUGUACUAUAGCCCGCACUCGCAGGACUCUCCUUUGGUAGGGGAGACUGAAAUCCCCGACGACUUCACAAGCUUCGUUUCCCUGAUCUCUGGAAGGUCCAAGACUCUCGAAACCGUCUCCAAAAAGAGACAGAGCUUCUUUGUGUCAUUAACACUUCCUGACCUCAAGGAUGCUGUGGACAUUUUGCCUCGCGUUACUGCUGAUUGUGAUGCCGUGGAGCUCCGCGUUGAUCUCUUGCAAGACCAGCAGCCCCAGGCCGUCAUGAAACAAGUCUCUUUGCUGAGACAUGCUACCGGAAAGCCCAUCAUCUUCACCGUCCGAAGUGAAUCUCAAGGUGGCAAAUUCCCUGAUGACAACAACGACUUGCGUCGUGCGCUCUACCGCCUGGCCCUCCGGAUGGGCGUGGAGUACAUUGACCUGGAAGUAACAUUGUCUGAUGAGAUCAUUCAAGAGGUCAGAGAUUCUCGAGGACAUACCGUCAUCAUCACAUCUCACCAUGACCCUGCUGGUGCUCUGUCGUGGAAGAAUGCGUCCUGGGUGUCUGCUUACAACAGAGCUCUACAAUAUGGCGAUGUGAUUAAGCUGGUUGGCACUGCUCGAAGCGUCGAGGACAACUUUGACUUGAUCCGUUUCAAGUCUAGGAUGCUGGCAGCUCAGCCAACGCCCAUCAUUGCCCUCAACAUGGGCUCUGCCGGAAAGCUCAGUCGUGUGUUGAACGGAUUCUUGACCCCCGUCUCACAUCCUGCCCUUCCAUUCAAGGCUGCUCCUGGACAGUUGUCCGCGGCUGAGAUUCGACAGGGCCUGGCUCUUCUGGGCGAGAUUGAGCCGCAAAACUUUUACUUGUUCGGCAAGCCGAUUUCCAAGUCGCGAUCGCCAGCUCUCCACAACACGCUCUUUGGUCAGGUGGGCUUGCCUCACGAGUACCAGCUCCUGGAGACGGAUAAGGUUGAGGAUGUGCUGGAGGUGUUGCGCAGCCCCGAGUUUGGCGGCGCAUCAGUUACCAUCCCUUUGAAACAGGACAUCAUACCUCAUCUGGAUGAAUUGACUGAUGCGGUCAAGAUCAUUGGUGCUGUUAACACUAUUGUUCCCGCGACUGACAAGUCUGUGGAUGGCCGUAAGCGACUCACGGGUGACAACACAGACUGGCAAGGCAUGGUCCAUGUUCUCCGCAAGGCUGGUGUCAAGCAGACUGGCAAUGACAGCGCUGCUGUAAUUGGAACCGGAGGCACCAGCCGCGCCGCCGUCUUCGCCCUGCACUCGCUUGGCUUCCAGCCCAUCUACCUCGUUGGCCGAGACGCCAAGAAGGUUGAGAGCCUUGCAUCGAGUUUCCCGGCCGAGUACGGUGUCCAACCCGUUGCAAGCCCCGCUGAUGCCGAGAAACUCGCGAGCAAGCCCGUUGUCAGCAUUAGCACCGUCCCUGCCGACAAGCCUCUCGAUUCAGGAGUUGAGGAGACCCUCGGCGCCAUCUUCAAGUCUACAACUGCUGCUCAGAGCGAGAGCCGCGUUCUCUUGGAAAUGGCCUACAACCCUCCCCGCACCCCUGUGAUUCAGAUUGCGGAGAGUGCUGGUAACUGGACGACGAUUUCUGGGUUGGAGGUUCUUGCUGCUCAGGGCUGGUAUCAAUUUGAGAUUUGGACGGGUAUUAAGCCGCUUUUCAGCGAUGCUUAUGAUGCGGUGGUGGGGAAGGAGUAG